GUUAGUGUGUGUUAAUGACAGUUUGACGAUCCACUACUGUGAUAUCCUUAUGUUAAUAUGCCAGAAUCGCUUAAUUUUUGUGUUUGCGUGGUAAUGGUAGUGCCCGUUCUGUUGUGUUUUUAUUGGUUGAAUUCACAGCCGGCGAACCAGAUUAGUGAAAUACGUGCUUUACUUUCUGAAUUACAAGAUAAAAUUGAAAAGACUGACAUCAAAUACAAUGAAUUAUUUCACCACAUGACCAAAGUUGGAAAUAACCAACAGCAAGAAAUACGUGCUUUACUUUCUGAGUUACAAGAUAAAAUUGAAAAGACUGACAUCAAAUACAAUGAAUUAUUUCACCACAUGAACAAAGUUAGAGAAAACCAACUGCAAGAAAGACCCUCUACUUUAUCUGGCGUAAAAGAUAAAGAUCAUGAUGAACGCACGGAAAUAAAAUUUGAUGACAACAAAACAAAUAAAAACAGUUACAACUCAGACAAGGAAGGAGGAAAUGAUGAGCAAAAGACGAACGUUUCUCAAGAUGGCGUAAAAGAUGAAGAAGAAAAGGUGGACAUGGAGUUUAAUAAAUGCAAUACAAAUACCCAACAAUGUAACUGUCUAGACAAGAAAGAAGAAACUGAUAAUGAAAAAAUACUUGCUUUACUUUCUGAGUUACAAGAUAAAGUUAAAAAGACUAACAUCAAAUACAAUGAAUUAUUUCACCAAAUGAUCAAAGGUGAAGAAAACGAACAGCAAGAAAGAUCCUCUACUUUAUCUGGCGUAAAAGAUAAAGAUCAUGAUGAACGCACGGAAAUAAAAUUUGAUGACAACAAAACAAAUAAAAACAGUUACAACUUAGACAAGGAAGGAGGAAAUGAUGAGCUAAAGUCGAACGUUUCUCGAGAUGGCGUAAAAGAUGAAGAAGAAAAGGUGGGCAUGGAGUUUAACAAAUGCAAUACAAAUACCCAACAAUGUAACUGUCUAGACAAGAAAGAAGAAACUGAUAAUGAAAAAAUACGUUCUUUGCUUUCUGAGGUACAAGAAAAAAUUGAAAAGACUGACAUCAAAUAUAAUCAAUUAUUUCACCAAAUGAACAAAGUUGGAGGAAACGAACAGCAAGAAAGACCUUCUACUCUACCUGGCGUAAAAGAUCAAGAUCACGAUAAACGCACGGAAAUUAAAAUCGAUGACUACAAAACCAAUAAAAAACAAAGUUACAACUUAGACCAGGAGGGAGGAAAUGAUGAGCAAAAGACACACGUUUCUCGGUGUGGCGUAAAAGAUGAAGAAAAAAAGGUCGACAUGGAGUUCAAUAAACCCAGUAAAAAUACCGAACAAUGUCACUGUUUAGACAAGGAAAGAGAAGCUAAGGUCGAAGACAAGACCGUCACAUGGUGGUCCUGGAUAAAGAACUUAAUUAUUCACUUUUAUGGUUUGUUGACGGUGUUAAAUAAUCUAGGCAUUGGAGUGGUUUUCCUAGCUGUAAGUAAAGUACAAAAGUGUGCAUUAUACCAUAUUUGAAAGAGUUAUGUUUGAGGUCAAAAAGAUCUUUAAUUUUGUCUCUAUAUAUAGUACCAUUAGGAUAGAACGGGUUGGAUAGAGGGUAUUCAAAAAAUCACAGCAAGUUAAGUAUGGCUUAAUUUUCUAGUGAACAAAUCGAUAAUAAGAAAUAGGACCAAGAGAAAACACAACUAUUUCAUAAUGCAUUUAAGGUACAGAAUAAAUAUAAAAAACUGAAUUUGAUUAAAAUUCAAAAACGAACACGUCACAUAUCAUAUGUAUGGUUUGUGAACAUUUCUUAAUAGUAAUCUUAAUAACAAGCUUUUAUUGACAUCGUAAGAGGAAGAACUUGACCUUUAUUAAAGCAAUUGCAAUAUCUUGCAAACAUGGAGUCUUUAGGUAAAGUUUGGAAAGUAUUGAACAAUGAGAAAGAGGUGAGAAAAUCUUUGAACUUCGAGCUUGGUUUUACUGUACGCAUACGUUAGUAUUUUUUUUUUUACAAAACGUCUUCUGGUGAAAUCUCUACAAUCAAGACAAAGGCAAGGGGAGAUAAUAUAUGGUCUGGCAUAUUAUUUUUAGAGUUCUAAUAACACUUUUGCCAUUACCUAGAAGCUUUGAUGAAGACUACCGCGCACCCUAUAAAUUUAGACAAAGACUUUGUUUGAUUAAUUCGGUGGCAUUAUUUCAUUUUGCCUGGCAUGUUAAGAAAUAUGGAGUCCAAACAAAAAUUUUACACCUAGAUCCGAUCUAACAUCCUUUGAUCUAAAAAAAAAGCUACAAGAUCACCACACAUCACAAAAUAUCUGUGUGUUAAGAAUGAUCUAGAAUAGGUUAAAAAUGUGAUGUGAGCAAGUGAUGUUAGACACGAUGACGGAUAAACUAUUAUUUAAGGGGGGCAAGGGAGUAAAAUCAUGAUAACUUUCAUUAUUAUAUUAUGAUUAAAUAAUUGAGUACAUGUAUUGUAUUCAGCCGAAAAACAGCCAUAAGUCUCCUGAUAUGUGUCUUGUUUG